AUGUCUGACUGGGACCAAGUCACCAAGAUUGGCAGCAAGACCCGUGGUCCUGGUGCCUCGCAGCGCGAGACUGUCAUCCGUGGCAAGAGUGCUUUGAACGCUGCCGCACGAAGCGGCGCUGUUGUCGGCACCGAGAAGAAGUAUGCUUCUUCCAACGCUGCUGCCGGUGCUGAGGGUCAGCGCUUGACCAAGGUCGACCGAUCCGACGACAUUAUCAAGCCCAACACUGUUGGCAAGCUGGUGGGCGACACCAUCUCCGCCGCACGACUAAAGAUGGAGCCCAAGAUGACACAAAAGGAUCUCGCGACCCGAUGCAACACCACACAGGGCAUUGUUGCCGACUUUGAACGAGGAUCUGCCGCUCCCGAUCAAAAGGUCCUCGCGAGCAUGGAGCGUGUGCUGAACGUCAAAUUGCGUGGCGCCGACAUUGGCGCUCCCAAGUUUCCUAACAAGAAGUAA